UGCUCGUACAUGAAAGCGUCCUUUGCGCGUGGUUCGGUCCUCCGCUUCUGUUGCCGGUGUCCAUACCAUCAAGAUUUAUUUGCCAAUAAGUGAGGGUGUGUCUCGUGUUUGUUCUCCUUACCGACGACGUGAUCUGUGGAGUUCCUUCGCCCACCUUCUCUCACGAAGCAGAUUUCCUUUUUAAGUGGAAAUGGAUAUCAGACCCAACCACACCAUAUACAUCAAUAACCUCAAUGAGAAGAUCACGAAAGAGGAGCUGAAGAAGUCCCUGUAUUCCAUCUUCUCCCAAUUUGGACAGAUACUGGAUAUCAUCGCCCUGAAGACCUUGAAGAUGAGGGGUCAGGCAUUUGUGAUAUUCAAGGAGAUUAGCAGUGCAACAAAUGCCUUACGAUCUCUCCAGGGUUUCCCUUUCUACGACAAACCAAUGAGGAUCCAAUAUUCUCGUAGCGACUCUGACGUGAUAUCAAAGAUGAAAGGAACGUUCGUGGAGAGGCCAAAAUCUAGCCAGAAGAAGACUGUCCCUGGCCAGGAAUUAGAUUCCAGAAGAGCCAGGAAGAAGGCUGCAAAGGAAGCUGCCAAACAACAGAAACAAGCACAACAGCAGGGUGCAGCACCUCCAGGUUCAAUUCCCCCAGGAAGACCAAAUGUUCCACUGUCAGCUGUGCUGGAGCAGCCACCAAACCAGAUUCUUUUCCUGACAAACCUCCCAGAAGAAACCAAUGAGACCAUGUUGAAGAUGCUCUUCAAUCAGUUCCCAGGAUUCAAGGAGGUGCGAUUGGUACCAGGAAGACACGACAUCGCGUUUGUCGAGUUUGAAAACGAGCUCCAGUCAUCGGCUGCCAAGAAUGCACUCCAGGGCUUCAAAAUCACCCCAACUAAUGCAAUGAAGAUCUCCUUUGCCAAGAAGUGAAAUGGAUUUCCAAGUGAAGUCUCCUCAUCAAGUGAAGAGAGUGUGUAUGAAUGUGUGUUCUCAGGUCACAGGGAAGAACUCUAUGUUCUGAGAGAAAAAAGAAGCUGUGACAUUUGUGUCACUGAUCAAUUGUGACAAUUACAUUAAAAAGCACAUUUUCUAAA